AUGCAUCAUGCUCUGGGAGGAGGCUUUGGACCAUCAUAUAAAGUUGCAUUUGGCUAUGAUUUCGUUGGUGAUCGAUUCAAUCAACAGAAUCCUGUACCAGAAGAAGAUAAUGAUCCACUCGAUAAUUGUUCUUCGGACGCUCAUGGCACACAUGUUGCCGGAAUUAUUGCUGCCAAUGCAACACAGUUGAAUACGACAGGCUUCAUUCCUAUUGAACCAUUUCUCGGUGUCGCUCCAGAAGUCACUCUUGGAGCAUUUACAAUGUCUGUCGGGGGUGCCGGUGCUUAUACGGAAAGUCCGCAUUCUAUCGCUGCACAACGUGUAUCUGAACAAGGAGUAUAUCUAACAUUUUCAUUUGGUAACGAGGGAAGUCAAGGCCUUCAGACAGGUGGAUCUCCAUCCAUUUCCUCAGGAGCAAUGGCCAUUGCUUCAGUAGACAACUCGCAUUCGCCCCGAUUCUAUCUACUCACCCCAGAUGGCGAACGAAUUUACUACCUACCUGGAACUGUUUUUGGUGGAUGGCAAUCAAAUGUACCAUCAAGAAUUGUUGUAAAUAAUCCACAAGCUACGGUAAAUGAUGGCUGCUCCGGUCCAGACAAAAAUGUGACAGGUGCUGUAGUUUUGUAUGCUUUUAACAAUGCUGAUGGAUGUAACUCUGCUGUUCGAUGUAAUAGAGCGGCACAAGCUGGUGCAACUGGCUGUCUUAUAUAUAAUGCUGGUGCUAUCACAGGUUUCUUUCUACGCUUUCGAUUAUUUUCAAACUGA